AUGGCCGACGCUAUCAUCUCCAUUGUUAUGGAUCAGCUGUCCAUCAUCAUCAAGGACCAAGCCCAGGAGCUAAGAGCAGCGCUCGGUGUGGAGAAGGAGAUCAAACACCUCCAAUCAAAGCUCAACAAAAUCAGGGCGGUGUUGGAUGAUGCAGAAAGGAGAAGCUUCAAGGAAAAGGGCGUCAAGCUGUGGGUGGAAGAGAUCCAAGACUUGUGCUACGAUGUGGAAGAUGUUCUUGACCAGUGGAACACCAGAACUCGCAGACAACAGAUGGAGGUUGCAGCAGCUCCAGCUGCAGGAAGCUGUAGCUCUUUCCUGCCUUCUUGUUUCCAUUUCAAAAGGAUUGUUAUGUAUCGUGACAUCGCCAAGAAAAUAAAGGAACUUGAUUCCAGACUUGAUCGGAUUACGAAAGAGAAAGAUCAGUUCAGAUUUGAUCAUGCAUCUGUAGAGCGCACACAAACUAAGCGAGUUAGCAGUGUUUCGUUUGUGGAUGAAUCAGAGAUUCAAGGUCGGGAAUCAGAUGCCAGUGCUUUAAUAAGCAAGUUGUUGGAGAUUAAUAAUAAUAAUGGCCCCCCUGGUCCUGUAGUCAUUUCCAUAGUGGGCGCGGGAGGGAUAGGGAAAACUACCCUUGCUCAACUAGUCUAUGGUGAUGAACAGAUAAAAGCUCAUUUUGAUGAAAGGGUGUGGGUUUGUGUUUCAGACACUUUUGACGAGAUCAAGAUUGCAAAAGCCAUUGUUGAGUCAACCACUAAAAGCUCCACAGAUCUCUUUCAAUUGCAAAUGUUACUGGAAAAAAUCCAAACCACUUUAUCUCAGAAAAGGUUCCUACUUGUGUUGGAUGAUGUGUGGACAGAGGAGAAUGCAAAGUGGGCGCCAUUUAAGAACUGUCUCCUCAAGGUUGGAGUCCCUGGUAGUAUAAUCUUGGUAACCUCAAGGAGUGAGAGAGUUGCAAGAAUGAUGGGAAGUGUGCAUCUGCAUCCGGUGCAGCUCAUAUCCGACUCAGAUGCUUGGUUGUUGCUUAGUAGGAUAGCAUUUUCCGAGAGAACGGAGGAGGUUUCUAAGAAACUGAAAGAAAUUGGUCAGAAAAUUGCUCAAAAGUGCAAAGGACUACCCCUUGCGGUUACGGUCAUGGGAAGCCUGCUACGUUACAAACACACUGAGGAGGAGUGGCAACAUGUUUUUGAUAGUAAAAUCUGGGAGAUGGAGGAAGUGGAAACAGAUCUCUUUCCUCAUUUGUAUCUAAGCUAUGAUGAUCUAACCCCACAGAUGAAGCGAUGUUUCUCGUAUUGUGCUGUCUUUCCCAAGGAUUAUGAAAUACAUGUAGAAGACCUCAUCAGAAUUUGGAUGGCACAAGGUUAUCUCACAACAAAAAAUGGAAGAGGUGAUCAGAAUCAGAUGGAACUAAAAGGUUGGGAUGUUUUUCGAAAUUUAGCAAUGCGUUCUUUUUUCCAAGAUUUGAAGAAACAUGGCAGAGAUUCCAACAUCAUCAUAUAUUGCAAAAUGCAUGACAUAGUGCAUGAUUUUGCCGAGUUUAUUACCAAAAACGAAUGCUACAGUAUUAGCCCGCAUGAGGAUGAGGUGAAACUUGAAAAUCACCGUCAUUUGUCAUGGCAGAAAACUGGAAAACCUUUGGACCCUGCUUCCAUUUGUGAUGUUGUUGGAAAACUUCGCAGUUUUUUUGCUAAAUACCUUUCUCAAGAACAACUUACUCCAAAUAUGUUCAAUGCUCUAAAAUCUGUGAGAGUAUUGGGAUUGUAUGGUUGUAAGUUGUCGGAACUCCCAAAGGAGAUAGGAAAUUUGAUUCAUCUAAGGUACAUUAAUUUAAAACGGAGCAAAGUAAAAGAGUUACCUGAUUCAAUUUGCUCUUUGGAUAACUUGCAAACCCUAAAUCUUGAAAGAUGUGAGUGUCUUUCUAGACUUCCUGAAAGGAUUGGAAAUUUGUGUCACCUAAGCAAGAUUGAUUUAAGUUAUACCAUAGUAGAGGAGUUACCUGAUUCAAUUUGCUCUUUGGAUAACUUGCAAACUCUAAAUCUUAGAGGAUGUGGCUGUCUUUCUAGACUACCUCAACGGAUUGGAAAUUUGCGUCACCUAAUCAAGAUUGAUUUACAUAGGAGUAAAAUCUUAAAAGAUGUAAGCGUCUUUCUAGACUACCUGAAGGGAUUGGAAAUUUGCGUCACCUACGCAAGAUUGAUUUACGUUGGACCAAAAUAG